CAACAAACCGUUGCUGAUGAAACACGUGUUAUCAUCAUGAAGUAUAAGACUUAUUUAACAGGAACAGUGUUUACUUCAAAAGUGAGUUGGAUGUUAUUAUCCUUCAACUUACUCGUAUACGUUUAAUUUUUCUGAUGGGUCACGUAACUUGACAAGAAAGUGAAGCUUCACGAAGUAGUGUGCAUCGAAAUGAUCGAGUUGUGUACGAAAAAACGAAUGUUAAUUGCCAUCACACUAUUAGGAGGGUUAACAGUUUUAGUGCUAAUUGUUGAGAGCCAUUGGACAGAUAACCCUAAUAAACUUUACUUGGAAAAUUAUGAAAAUAGUACAACAUGUUUGUCCGGCGACGACUACGAGAUAACCUCAGAAUGUCAUCCUUGUUCUGCUUUUGAAUUAGCAAGUAAAAGCAUUGAUGUCUGUGUUCAUGCAAGGUACAAGGAAGUUUUGAAAUGUAAAAGUGGCGAAACAAUAACAAGAAGUUGUGACAGGGUAGCUUGGUUGGAAGAAAGAGCAUUUUGGAAAUUUGAAGCAUUCAUGUUUGCUUUGGCCUUUAGUUCUUGUUUGAGUAUUUAUUGGAGAGAAAAUGUUCUCAGGCAAAGGAUUAUAAGGAAAGUGGCAAGGCAAUUAAGGGCUAGUGUAUAGAUAGUUUCAAACAAUUUAUUCUUUUAUCAACACCUUCAUGGUUCUAUAGGCAACUGGAGAAAAUGGAUGAAAUCUAUUUGGAAGUAUACUCUUUAACACAAUUGUGUCUUGCACCUAUAGAGACUAUAGUGGCUUUAUUUACU